UCGACGUGUAUUUCAGUAAUAUUGCUUGUGGUCACACACCGACAAAUAAAACAGUGUUUACCACAUAUAAAUUCACACACAAAAAGAAUCUCACACAACACAUUGACAGCAAUUCGUGCAUUGACAUUAACAUCACAUCGAGAGCAGCCGAAAAAAGCAAAGCAAGAAAGAAGGCAACAAAAAAAAUAGAAAUUCCUCAGUAACUGCUGAGCGGCGGUUUGACUAAUUCGAUAGAUAAAUAUUAUAUUGUUUGCUGGGCAGUCACUGCCACAGUUACAUUGUAUCGCUGCGACGCCGACGUCGUCGUCGACACGUCAACAGUAUUGAACUUGGCAUCGAAUUGUUUGUAAGCAAAGCCGCUAUUUAAGAAUCAAAAUUAAGAAAGAUGCGUGUGAGCAACAUACGCAGCGGACGGAUUUGCCGCCUUGUGCUUUGUCUGCUGGUCAUCUUGCCGCUGCUCUAUCUGCUGGCCAACUGGAGUGACCAUCACAAGCGUGUCCAGGAGGCGUAUCACAUGCGCUUCGGCGGUCCCAAAUUCAGUCAUCAGCGUCUCGAGAAUCGGCCACGUGAACAGCCCAAGUUGGUGGAAGGUCUGGGUAACUUUGAGCCCAAGGAUCUGAAGCCACGCACGGGUCCAGGAGAGAAUGGCGAUGCUCACACGCUGUCGCCGGACAAGAAGAAUGUGGCGGAUGCUUCAGAGAUGGAGUAUGGCAUGAAUAUUGCCUGCUCCGAUGAGAUAUCGAUGCAUCGUGCAGUGCGCGAUACGCGACUCGAGGAGUGCAAGCAUUGGGAUUAUCCAUAUGAUUUGCCCACAACAAGUGUGAUUAUUGUAUUCCAUAAUGAGGGCUUCUCGGUGUUGAUGCGCACCGUGCAUUCGGUUAUUGAUCGUUCCCCCAAGCAUGUGCUGCAUGAAAUCAUUUUGGUCGAUGACUUCUCCGAUAAGGAGAAUCUACGCACUAAACUGGACGAUUACGUUGUGCAGUUCGAUGGCCUGGUCAAGAUCAUACGCAACAAGGAGCGCGAGGGUCUCAUUCGAACACGUUCCCGAGGUGCCAUGGAGGCGACAGGCGAGGUCAUUGUCUUCCUCGAUGCGCAUUGCGAGGUGAAUCUGAAUUGGCUGCCACCGCUGCUGGCGCCCAUCUAUCGGGAUCGCACAGUGAUGACGGUGCCCAUCAUCGAUGGCAUCGAUCACAAGUCCUUCGAGUAUCGUCCCGUCUAUGGCAGUGACAAUCAUUUCCGCGGCAUCUUCGAGUGGGGAAUGCUGUACAAGGAGAACGAGGUGCCGCGCAGGGAGCAGCGUCGUCGUGCCCACAACUCGGAACCCUAUCGUAGUCCCACACACGCCGGCGGACUGUUUGCUAUCAAUCGCGAAUACUUCCUCGAGCUGGGAGCCUACGAUCCCGGUCUGCUGGUCUGGGGUGGCGAGAACUUUGAGCUGAGCUUCAAGAUUUGGCAAUGUGGAGGUAGCAUCGAAUGGGUGCCCUGCUCCCGUGUGGGUCACGUCUAUCGUGGCUUUAUGCCGUACAAUUUUGGAAAGCUGGCGAGCAAGAAGAAGGGUCCAUUGAUCACGAUCAACUACAAGCGUGUGAUUGAGACCUGGUUCGAUGAUACACACAAGGAAUUCUUUUACACACGCGAGCCACUCGCGCGCUUCUUGGACAUGGGCGAUAUCAGUGAACAGCUGGCGCUGAAGAAGCGUCUCAAUUGCAAAUCCUUUCAAUGGUUUAUGGAUAACAUUGCCUACGAUGUCGUCGAUAAGUUCCCAGCGCUGCCCGCUAACUUGCAUUGGGGUGAACUGCGUUCCGUGGCCUCCGAUGGCUGCCUCGACUCGAUGGGACAUCAGCCGCCUGCGAUUAUGGGUCUCUCCUAUUGUCAUGGCGGUGGCAACAAUCAGCUGGUGCGUCUGAAUGCCGUUGGCCAGCUGGGCGUCGGCGAACGUUGUGUGGAAGCGGAUCGUCAGGGCAUUAAGUUGGCCGUCUGUCGAUUGGGCACUGUGGAUGGACCCUGGAGCUACAAUGAGCAUACCAAACAUCUGUUGCAUCGUGUGCACAAAAAGUGCAUGGCAUUGCAUCCGACGACGCAACAAUUGUCGCUGGGACAAUGCGAUGUCAACGAUGGCUAUCAGAAGUGGCUCUUCAAGGAGAUACGUCCUCAUUGGUAGAGCAGCAUCUGAAAUGAUGUUGAUGAUGAGAUCCCAGCCAGGCGUUAAAGCAAUAUCUACACAAAAAGAAGGGUUUCAAAAGCAAACGUGCACCGGGGGAUUGUGAUGAUGAUGAUAAUCGGGGGUCGGGGGAAUUUCGUAAGCGUGAUG